UGAGAAUGGCCGCUUUGCCCCUUCCUGCGCCGGAGGCCUGGUUCUUAUUCUUCAUACUUUUCAGCAUAGGCGCAUUCUUCAGCAUGUCAGGAAGAAUAAGAAAGCGGAUCUUGCUGCCUCUGAUGUAGACCUGCUCAAGCUGCGCCACUCGUCCAUCCCUGUAGGUCACUGUGAUGUUUGCCAUCUGGGGAAAUAAACAGGAAUCGCAACACUCCAGAACAAGUGGGGGCAGUAGUUUGGUAACCACCAAUACUAGUAGAAGAAGAAGAAAAGGAAGGAGUUGCGAUCGGAAAUGACCAGAAUCAGCUGUGUAAAAUCAACUCUACAUCUGUGGGAAAAUACCUCAGUUGUGAUCUUUUUUUAUACUAACACUAAGCCAGUAAUGCUCAUCCUGUAGGGCUGUAUGAAUAACACAGAGUUCUCUGUUGGAUAUACAAAGUUCAGCACAUUAAGUCAGUCAUCAACAGUGCUUAAUAUAAACAUAAACUAACGUUAAAUGAGGCAGCCUUGCAUUGCCGCAUUAUCGUUGUAAACACCGGAGACUCUUCUUUGGGAAAGAAUUGUUGGUUCAGAAUGUCAGAUGAUGUUGUCCUGUUGAAUGUACCUGUAAUCCGGCAGCUCUAUCACUGGGACUGUGGACUGGCUUGCUCACGAAUGGUUCUAAAAUACCUCCACCCUGUGAGCGAGGAAGACUUCCAGAGUGCGUGCUGGGACCUGAAGUUGACAGAGAGUGUAUGGACUAUUGACCUGGCCUACCUGAUGUGUCACCUGGGGGUCAAACAUCGCUUCUGCACACAGACUCUCGGGGUAGACAAGGGCUUCAAGAACCAGUCUUUCUAUAAGAAGCACUUUGACACGGAGGAGGACCGGGUCAAUGAGCUCUUCCUGUGUGCUGAGAGCAGAGGGGUUAUGGUGAAGAAGUGCUCUGUGAGUGUACAGGAGCUUCAGGCCCACGUGUCCGAGGGCCAUGUGGCUAUCGUGCUGGUGAACGCGGUGCUGCUGGUCUGUGAGCUCUGCUCCAUCCCGGUCAAGUACUGCUGCUUCCUGCCCGUGGGACAGAAGUGCUUCUGCAAGAAGCCAGACUACCAGGGCCACUUCGUGGUGGUGUGCGGAUUCAACCGCACCAACGGAUCCGUCUUCUACAACAACCCCGCCUUCUCCGACCGGGUGUGCUGCACCAGCAUCACUAACUUUGAGGAGGCCCGCCGCAGCUAUGGCACCGACGAAGACAUCCUCCUCAUCUUCAAGGAGAGCUGAUCACCAGCGGCAACGAUCCCAGCUGACAGAGUAGACUCCCCAUCAUCGCUUUCCCAUCAGCCACCUGUGCCCCUUGGCUGACGCCUGGAGUGGUAUGGGCACAGAGUCUGGACUGUAUUAGAGCAAUGCCCCCACCCACCCACACACACCCACGAGUGUCCAUCUCCAGGACAUGAUGUGCUGCUACUCAAUGAAUUCCCCCCCCACCCCUGAAACAUUAGCUGGACACCCAUGCAAGCAGAAGCAUCAGCUGUAAAUGACAUCACAAUGACACCGCUCACCUGUGCGUCUCCAUUGGCCACUCCCAUUGGGUGCAGUUAUGAGUUUGUGCUGCCGUCUGGGCUCUGAUUGCGAGUUACUCUGCGUGACCGGUCCGGCCCUUGGAAGAGCAGCCUUUGCGGAGAGGUUGGGGGCGAGGAGUACAAAUGGACUGAUUAUGGAGUCUGCAGAACAGUGUCUGUGUCGCUAAGUAGUUGUGUGUAGUCUCCUGAGGAAGCCUUGUGCAUUCACUAAACCAGUGUUUGAAGACUUGUUUUGAAAAUGGGUGAAAGUGGGAGGAUCUGGUCCAUAAACUCAGGUAGCACCCAUGAAGACAAACGUGUGAACUGUCAAAUGAGAGCAGAGUUGUGCAGAGUUGACACCCCCACCCUCUGCCGCUCCUGCCCCCUUAUGCCCUCACUCACCCCAUCCCUCUGCCCUGACACCCCCUCUCCCCACUCCCUGUGUUCAACUGCAGCAGGGCUGAACCAGUACUGUAUUUUAACAUCAUAUGGUAAAACAUGAACACCAUUACUGUAUUCUAACACCAUAAGGUAAAAGAUGAACUCCAGUACUGUAUUCUAACACCAUAGGGUAAAAGAUGAACUCCAGUACUGUAUUUUAACACCAACACCAUUACUGUAUUCUAACACCAUAAGGUAAAAGAUGAACUCCAGUACUGUAUUCUAACACCAUAAGGUAAAAGAUGAACUCCAGUACUGUAUUUUAACACCAUAAGGUAAAAGAUGAACCUCAGUACUGUAUUCUAACAUCAUAAGGUAAAAGAUGAACCCAGUAUUAUAUGUGAGUAUUUGGAGAGGGGCUGAACCCAGUGUUGUGUUUGUACUGUAUGUAGAGGGGGAACUGAACCAAGUAUUGUAUGUCAGUAUGUAGAGGGUGGGCUAAAUCCGGUAUUGUGUUGGUACUGUAUGAGAGUAUUUGGAGGGGGGUGAACACAGUGCUGUAUGGAUACUCUAUGUGAGCACUGGGGUCUGUCUAUGGAGGCUUGGAGCUGCAAUCACCAGUGGACACGUGAUCCAGUAGACACGAGUGCUCCGACUGCUGUGCACUCUCCAUGCGUACCUCAGACGGCGGCCAAAUCCUCACGCUGGCGUCCUGAGAUGCCCCGCUGCACGUGGGCCGGGGUGGGGCCGGGCCGAGGAGGAGGCCCCUGGGUGCUGAGCUCAUGCGUGCAUGUACAACUUCUACCAAAUGUCUUCGGACAAACUGCUAUGUGGGGGGUGCAAAUCAAUUAAAGACUGUUGAAUUAAUUUCAUUAUGUCCCAAGUCAUCACGGACGGCACUAUUUGUCAUUUGUCUUUUUAAAUGUAUGGGUGAAAGGAUUGCACUAAAGAAUUAUGUCAGCCAUAACGGAGUGUUUUGUUUUUUAAAUCACCUGUUCUGAGCUCUGAGUGUCUGAACAGAAUGUAUUUAAUUUCAAUUAAGCGCUACCUGUUUUCUUAAGGAGGAAAAUAUAAUGACACACUUUAUUUUUUAAGAAAUGAUGUAUACAGUUGCAUUUAGUGAUCAAUAAAAGUAUAUGUUGUUUAUUUUAAUGAUGCAA